AUGACCGACAAGGCCGUAGCGGGUACCGCGACAAGCACCGACGCUGGGAAUGGGACUGGUGCUGCCCCCACGUUGGCCACAUUCACUCUUGAAAAUAUCUUGGGCCACGACCAUGACAAGAUCGAAAACGCGCACGCUGAGGGGUGGGAUGAGGAGGUGGCAGAUAAACCUGUGGCGGAGGGGUACUGUGUUGAAUGCGAAGAUCAACCUGCGGAUUUGAUUUGUGAAAAUUGUAGCGACGACCCGUUUUGUGAAGUUUGUUUCUCUGCUCAGCACCGGAAGGGCUCGAGGAAGGGACACAAGACGAGGCCGAUCCCCAAAGCGAAUGGAGAGGCUCCUGUGACGAAUGGAGAUGCAGGCGACGCUAUGAAGGUCGACGAGGCUGCAAAGGAUGAAGAUGCCGAAGGAGACAGCGACGAUGAAGACAUGGAGCAAAUCACACUCCCAACGACCACACCCUCCACCCUAGUAGGAUCAGGGCACCAACCCGCCGUCGGCGAACCCGUAGGCGAAUGGUUCGUCGAACGAGCCAAGUACAUCCCCGUCCGUUUAACGAUGGGCGAACGCAAAUACCUUCGCCUCCUCGAAGCCGCCCUUACCGUCUCCGAAUACACCGACAAAAUCGAUAUCAUUGGCUUCGGUCUCUCCAAGACCAAACGAAUCGUACAUCAGAUUCGAGAGCUGUGUGCUAUCAUGUCGGGGUUGCUGAUGUCGGCGGAUUAUAAGCUUGGGCAGGAGCUCUUCACCGAUAAAGACUACCAGGCGAACGCAGAGUUUUAUCAGCAGGUCUUUGAAUUGGGACGGCGUCAUAAGAUUAUGAACCCGGAUAAGAUGAGGACAACCUAUGGGAAGCUCAUCUACGUGUUGCAGGACAGUCAAAGCCCGGAAGUCAAGGACAUGCUCGGCUUCUCAUGCGUCAAGCCUAUCAAAACUGUGUACUCCGUCCUCGAAAAGCACGAUGCUCUGGACUUGCUUCGCGAUGACUUAAUCACGGUCGCCACGAAGGAAAUCUACUCGGAAGGACGCCCCAGACGCGAAGUCCAACGCGACAUCCGAAGUAAGGAGCGGGCUAUCGAGCACUUGUCGGACCUCUACCAACGCAAGGGACUUUCGCAGGAGCAGGUGAAGCAGUGUAUCUAUUCGAUUGGCGACAAUCAUGCCUUCUUGCGAGCCAAUCGUGACCCUUGCGAAAAGAUGAUUGGAUAUCUCAAGCAACAUUUCCAUCCUACGCAAGCCAGGGACCCGCUUUCCAGUUUGGCCAUCCGUAGUGGAAGGGGAGGAGCACGAUUAUCUCACGAUCAUAGCAAGCAGUAUGGUUAUGUCCUGCAGAGUUUGACUCUUUGGCGGGAGAUUUUGCAUGACAUGUUCCAUCUCUGGUCGUUGGCGGAGCAAGACCUGCUGUCCGAGAACAUCCCCUACCGCCUUCGCGACACCGGCCAGGGCCUCAACCGCGUCCAAGACGCCCCCAAAACGUCCCGCAUGAUGCACAGUAUCCUCAACAAAGCGCAACGCAGCGUCGGGAGCUGGAUAGGCUCCAGCGUCAUCCACAUGGGCGACCACAAUGUCCCCAAUGCCCUCCUCUUCAUCGACAAAUACACCCAAAUCUACCGCAUCCUCCUCCCCAUCUGCAACACCCUCUCGCAGAUCCCGUCGCUAGCGACCAAACCUGCCAUCCGAAAGUACAUCGAUGAAGAGUUUGGAUCACCCGAGAAUCUGACCAAGGAGAUUUUGGGCGAUUUCUUUAGGCAUGGAUUUGAUGGAUCUGGGGCUGAUAACUUUUUCGAUGCUGGGAGCUGUAUUGAUGGACGGCUGACGAGCGCGUGGAAUUGGUGUAGUUCGCUGGAGAAGAAGAGGUACUUCCCGGUGUUUUUGCUUACAGGCUUCAUUGGAUUCGACGGGGAGUGGUAAGCGUAGACUAUUGUGUAGCCAGAGAGGUAAUACUAUCUAUCUGUGCCGUUGCUCUUGUAUUCGCCUGGCUCUGUUGCUUCUCGAAUUCCGCGGUGAUAAAAAUAGAACUGAGGUUUAGCGCCACUGAG